AUGGAAUACCGCAAUGAGGUUCACGAACAAUCUAUAAACUGUUCUUCCAAUACUUGGUAUCUUUUGGAUUCUACUUUGAAAAUAAAUCCUUAUGUAAAUAUCGAUAUCAUAAACUUUAAAACGGAAAGAAGUUCACUGAUAUGUAAACCGAAUUCCAAUUUAAUAGUAACUGGUAUUUUUUACUCUUUGGGUAAUUCCUCUAAAAACAAUUUGAUAUUUGAAACUGGUCCACGUUUUUCAUUCAAUGAUUUAACGCUUGUGUUUAUGACUUUGAUAUUAAAUGAUAUGUCCACUGCAAUAGGCUACAGUUUUUCGUUUACUGGUACAUGUAAAGGGACAUUAGAAGGUUCUUCUAUUUUUAACAUGGAUGUUUUGAAAAUAGAACAGGCUUCAAAUUUAAAAACUUAUAAUAGUUCUUCUAUCCAGUGUAAAAACAUUUUAAUAAAUGAAACUUCAACGAUUUCAUUUUUUAAUGAUUCAUUGCUUAGUUCAAACAAAAUCAUGACAAAUUUUGGAGCAACGAUGAAUAUGUACAACAAUUCAACAAUUGAAUGUGAUUUAUUAAAUUGUACUAAUGGUUCAAAUGUGAAUUUGAUAAACAACGCUAUCAUACACACAAAUUCCAUUGAUAUAAAUAAUGGGACAUCUCUAUGUUUGUAUAAUGAAACUUUUUUGGAUAUAAACAAUUCUUUGACUUUGAUAAACUCCAGAUUAGAUUUCAGAGAUGGCUCAAGAAUACAUUCAGAUUCUAUCUAUUUGAGACCAACAAAUUUCGCUUUAUUUUCAGAAAAAACGCUGGCUAUGAUGGUCUCCAAUUUUUUAUCAUUUCAGUUAUCUUUCACCUAUGUUUUAACAGUGGAAAAAUCCCCUUAUAUUAAAACCAACUUUUUGAUUUUGGAUUUUUUGGGUGGAAUUAUCAAUGUAAUAAACAGAGAAAGGUUUGACAUGCCUUUAUUUGUGACAAAAAAUAGUACAAUUCAAAAUUUAAAUGAAAUAUCAAUUGCUGAUUCGAUUGAACAGUUUGAUUUCAUUUAUUCAGAUGAACAAAUUAAAAAUGAUUUUAUAACACCCAAAUGUAAAAUUUUGAAAGGACAAUUAAUUAGGUGUGGUAGCAAUAUAGAUAAUACUUUAUUUUGUCACAUCAUUGGGAUGUCAAAUAAUAACAACAAUUACAUUGAAAGUUAUUGUAACGAAUUUAUUGAAGACUAUUAUUUAGUUCCAAUUAAUGAUGUCCAUAUGAUCGUUGUUAGGAGCGAGUUAUCAAAAGGGGUUGUACGUCAUGAAAAAUCAAAUAAAAAAGAAUUAAACACACAAACUUUAUAUGUGACUUUUGGUGAAACAACUGUGAUAUUGGAUAAAGUCACUGAUUUUAUCCACAUUAAUGUCACUUCCCAAAUUCCAAUUGAUAUUACCACCAACAUUUUAUCACAAUUAUCAAAUCAGAAACAAAUUUUUGUUACGUUCUCCAGUUCAAAAGGUGUUUUAUUUGAACGUUAUCUUUGUAGUAAUGGGUUUAUAAUCACAAGUAAAAUUAUCUGCAUCUUAAACGCGACAUGUGAAAAUGGUAUUUUUGAUUCGACAAAAGGGAAAUGUCAAAAAUGUCAAGAUACAAGUUGUGCUAAAUGUACAUAUGACAACCAAAUUGAAAUUUGUCAAAAAUGUGAUUCUCCUUAUGAUCUUUAUGACAAUAUUUGUAUGAAACACUCAAUUUGUAAAUUAUCUGAUGGUAACACGUGUAUUGUAUGUAAUGAUGGGUAUAUAAUUAAAAAUAAAGUUUGUGUUAAAUUAGAUGGAAAGUGCCAAAUUGAAAGAAAUGGUUUGUGUGAAUUGUGUGAUCCUAUUUUUUCAAGUUUAAUUUCUAUAUCAGGAGAAUGUAAAAUUGUUGAAAAUGUUAUUCAGCAUAGCGCGCAGAGUGUUAUUGAAUGCAACAAAGGAUAUAUGUCAAAUUCUUCAUAUUGUAACAAGUGUGAUCUAAUACAAGAAGAAUGUGAUAUUUGCGACUUAAUGUUUUGUACAAAGUGUUUAAGUUCUUUUGUAAUUUCACAAAAUACAAAGUGUGUAACUUCUUCAUGUAAUAUUGCUAAUAACAAUUUUAAAGAUCAAAACGGUAAUUGUUUUCCAGAUAUAACAAAUUGUGAAAUUGUUGUAAAUGGAAAGUGUGUUAAAUGUAUUGAUAAUUGCAUUUUAGAAAACGAUACAUGCAUAACAAACUACAAUAACACUUUUUGUGCAGUUGGUACUUCAUGGGGAUGCACUCGUUGUAUCAAUGGUUUUUAUUAUUCUUAUAACACGAAAACGUGCGAACAAUGUAACUCGAAUUGUCAGACAUGUCUAAGCCAAUCGAUUUGUUUAUCAUGUAAUGAAGGUAUGUUUUUGAGUGACCAUGUGUGUAAGUCAAAUGAUGAAUUAAAAGAGUCAUAUAAGAAGUUUUCGAAUACAGGAAGCGGGUGUUAUCAAUGUAAUGAUGGGUAUUAUAGAAAUGGAAUUGAUUGCAAGCAUUGUGACAUCAGCUGUGAUACAUGCCUUCGUUCUUCUGAUUGUUUCACUUGCAAUUUAACUAAUUUUAAAGAUUUUGAAGGUAAUUGUAAACCACAGACUGAUCUUAUUGGAUGUGCAGUUCAAGUAACACAGAACGGAUGUUCUAUCUGUAAACCCGGCUAUUAUUCAACAAACAAUGAAUGUGGAAUUUGUUCAAACAAUUGUAAAGAGUGUACCUUAUAUAAUAAGUUGAAUGCAAAAUAUAUUCUUAAAUUGACUCUUGCAAUUCUGGAAUGGAUUCCAAGUGUUCAAAAUGUUCAUUUUGGAAGAAGCCAAAUGAAAGUGGUACCUUCUGUCAAAACUCACCAGUUUGGUGGCUAA